AUGGCCCCUCGUCAAGCAAAACCAAACACCCGAAAAGUUAGGCGGCAACCCUCGCUGCCAAAAGAUCAAGGGAAGCGGCCUCAAGGUAUUAAAAAGAAACGACCACAGCUAUUUUCUCGUAAGAGCGCACGCCUAGAAAACAUAGAACGCCGCCAGGAUCGAACCAAGGACACGAGAACCGAACCAAAGCAUCUCCCCUCCCAGCCAGCAACACUCCCGGGAAUGAGGCAUCGACUACGAACAUCUAUUACAAGCUCGGUUGUUGGGGAUACACUUAGCCAAGACUGGUACGAGAAAUAUUGGGUGCCAGAGACGAACAUGAAUCACCUACUUGCAAGGCGGAAGUCAUCAUCUUCUCUUCGCGGUAAACAAUCGGAAGCCAGCUCUGCCGCGCCCAGCUCUACUACACCUAGCGAUCAAAAGCCGAGGGAAGCCAAAAGUACCCCUUACCAAGAUGCACGUUAUAAAACUAUACUUGCUACCAAAGACAGCUUUAUAGACGAGUCCGAUUUAGGGAUCACAGACAAAAGCAAAAACAAUCUUCAAACCCUCCUUAGCGCGGAAAACGAGACCAGAGUCAUCCGGGAUAUCUCGCUAUUGAUAGUUCCUUCUGCGAAAACACUAGCUACAUGUGGCGCCACCAACCUUCAGUGCUUGAUCGAGAACUAUUCUGUAGGAUUCAGGCGAGAAGCGUUCACAGAAGAUCAGCUUAAAAGGCUUGGGCUUUUCGUUGGCGACCUUACAGACACGUCUUUCUUCAUGGCCACGUACUACAUGUACUUCCCGUUUUUGACGUGCGAAGUAAAGUGCGGCGCUACAGCUCUUGAUAUUGCAGACCGACAGAAUGCUUAUAGCAUGACAAUAGCGGUAAGGGGGAUUGUGGAACUUUUUAGGCUUGUAAAGCGCGAGAAUAAGCUCCACCGGGAAAUCCUGGCCUUCUCACUCUCUCACGAUCAUCGGACAGUAAAAAUCUACGGCCAUUACCCUAUUAUUAACAGAAGCAAAACCACUUUCUACCGCCAUGUCACGGUCUCGCAACAAUCCGAGCCAAAGAAAUCCGGACUUUCGCAAGAGUUGGAAAGCCAUCAUCUCUCUAACCAAUCAAGUCAGGAUACCGCGUCUCUAGAGGAAGCUGGCAGUCAAUCAAGCCGUGUUAGUUCGCGAGACGUUACCCCAGAUACUUCACUAUCUCAGAAGAUUGAGGAAAAAGCAUUUAAAAAGCCAAGGAAAAGGGGUCGACCUAUAGAAUUACAUCAGUGA